AUGAAUAAUGAAAAUAGAAUAGAAGUUAUGCUUUUAGAGCAUGAUAGUCAUUUCUUAGAUGAAUUUAUUUAUAGAGAGGAGCUACUCUAUCCUGUUAUUGAUUUUGAUUUAUCAGUAGAAAUAUUAAAUGCUAUUUCUCCUAAAUUUUGCGUAAGAAAUAAAAAUGCCAAUAAUGCUACGAAUGCUUUAGCAGUUUGUAAUUAG